ACUUCCUGUUGGCGAAGUCUCGCGAGAGCUCGGCGUUCACAUGGGCCGGCGGAAGCCGCGUCCGCUCCUCUUUCCGGGCGGCCAUAGCGGAGCCUGCAGCGGGUCAAAAUGAAGUUCAAUCCUUUUGUGACUUCGGACCGCAGCAAGAACCGCAAGCGGCACUUCAAUGCACCUUCUCACAUUCGCAGGAAGAUAAUGUCUUCUCCCCUUUCCAAGGAACUGCGGCAAAAAUACAAUGUCCGCUCUAUGCCCAUCCGAAAGGAUGAUGAAGUCCAGGUUGUCCGGGGACAUUACAAAGGUCAGCAGAUUGGCAAAGUAGUCCAGGUAUACAGAAAAAAGUACGUCAUCUAUAUAGAACGUGUACAGCGUGAGAAGGCCAAUGGCACAACUGUCCAUGUGGGAAUCCAUCCUAGCAAGGUGGUGAUCACGAGGCUAAAACUGGACAAAGAUCGCAAGAAGAUCUUGGAGCGUAAAGCGAAAUCUCGCCAGGUUGGCAAGGAGAAGGGCAAAUAUAAGGAAGAAACCAUUGAAAAGAUGCAGGAAUAAAAUGGUCUCCUGUGUGACACCAUUAAAAGAAACUGCUAAAACAAAAUCUGUUGUUGUGUGUUCUGCUUCUGGAAAUCUUUAAUGCAUGAACUGGUGUUCAAAUCCUACUGUUCUAAAUUUCAAUACUUGGUACUAAGAAGAGUUUCUAUUAUAUUACAAAAUACAAGCUUUCAAAAAUUUUAAAUAAAGAUAUUUUUUCAUAA